UGAGCAGUGGUCACACUUAGUCUGCAAUUUUCAAGACGGAUUUACACGCGCGCUUGUUUUUCGAUCCUUAUGAAAAAAACAUAAAAUUUUAACGCAAAAAGCACCUUUAAUGCGGGAAAGAAAUUACCAAAGUAUUUUUGGCUGCUAUUAAAAGAGCAUCCAAAUCGUGUAUGUGUAUAUGGCAUAUAUCGCCAGAACCCUGGAGCGAGUGCGAUAGCAAUAGCAGGCCGAGUGCAGCAGUGUAAUUGCAACGAAGGGGAAAACCAAAGAAGUAAUAGUUUUUGAGUGGAGCUCAUAGCUGGGAAGAACAAAAUAAACGAUAAACUGCCGUAUAGUCAUGGGCCCCUUAAACAGUUGAGAACGGGAAGGGAGUUUUCGGCCCGCAGCAACCACAACAAAAACAGGCAGUGGAAGAACAAGACAGCGACGGCCACUCCUUUUGUGUCCGACUUCGAGAUGUGUGCGUGUUCGUGUCCGCGUCCGCCUUUGUGUGUCGAGCAAUUGAAAACUGGUGAUUGCUGAAUAAAUUAAGGUAGCUAAAUUAAUAAUUAGCAAAGCGAGUGGGGCCAAUAAAAAGUGAAAAUCUUCUGCGUUUUCGUAAGCAAAAGAAACUACAGCUACAGUUAAAGAUAAGAAGAGCUCUCGCAUACACCCACACACACAGAAGCGCAGGCCGAACAAACGAGUGUGCGUUCGUGUGAAUGUGUUUAUGACUCACGGCUGGUUCAGUGAGAGGGAGAGAAAGAGAGCGAGAGUGGUGGCUUGAGUAACAGUAACAAUAGAGAACGCAAACAACAACAAAUCGUCCAACGUUUAGAAUUUCCCAAGUCGAGCGUAACUAAACGCAUUUGAAGAAAAUUCCAUACGCACAACAUACAUAUACAAAGGGAAAGAAAGAAAGCCGCUAGCAAGAUGAGCUUCACCAAGUGGUUCAAAAAGAAGGAGGUGAUCUCCGAGAUCGGCGCUCCCACAAACUUCCAGCGGCACUUCCAUGUCUCGCGCAACCAGGAGACGGGUGACCUGGAAGGCCUUCCAGCACCCUGGCUGCGACUGAUGAACCAGCAGAUCACUCGCGAUGAACAGGAUAAAAAUCCAGAUGCUGCCUACCAUGCCGUCAAGUACUACAACUACUCGAUCAAAAAAAAGGAGAAUGAGGCCUUCAAGCCCUUUAUCACCGAGGAUGUUAUCCAUGAGGAGUCCAAGGAGAUCGAGAACUAUGUGAAUUACAAGAAUAAGCACAAGUCGCAGGACCCGGAGAAAUCCGACGACGAUGGCAGCUCCACGGCCACGGAGACGGAAAGCAGCAGCGGAUGCGGCUCCUCGGCGGGCAACAGCAACAGUAGCAGCAUCAACGAUAGCAGCCAGCAGUCGGCGGUGCGACUGGACGCCUUGGAGGAAGUGUUUAAGGAGCUUAAGUCCAAUCUGGAGCACCGCGAAACCCUAAAGGCGGCACCACUGGAGCCGCCUCCAGUGCCGCCCAAAAAAUCGCCGCACACCAUGCCGCCCAAACCGCAGAUAAAGCCAAAACCCCGAGGGGUAACCCAGAAGUUCUCACGCACCUCAGAUCUCCGGCGAGAGGAGGACUCCGAUAACCAGCACAAGAUCAACACAGACACCAUCAUCAUUAAGCCAGCCGGCAGUGUCCAGGAUGCCGCAACGGAUGACAAUCCGGACGAGACGAUACUGCGUCGCUCCAAGGAAAAGCGGGCUCAGAAGACUGAUGCCGAGAUCUACGACGAACUGCGAGCCAUUUGCAACCCUGAAGAUCCCAGGGAGCGCUACAAGACCACCCAGGAGGUGGGCAAAGGGGCCUCAGGAAUCGUGUUCAUAGCCGGCGAUUUGCAAAACGAGUCGCAGGUGGCCAUCAAGACCAUCGAUAUGAAGAACCAGUCCUCCAAGGAUCUCAUACUCACCGAAAUCCGAGUGCUCAAGGACUUUAAUCACAAGAACCUGGUAAACUUCCUCGAUGCCUACCUUCUGGAGCCGGAGGACCAGCUGUGGGUGGUCAUGGAGUACAUGGACGGCGGGCCGCUCACCGACGUCGUUACCGAGACUGUGAUGAAGGAGCGCCAAAUUGCGUGCGUCUGCCGCGAAACGCUCUAUGCGAUCAGCUUCCUGCAUGCCAAGGGCAUUAUUCACCGGGACAUCAAGUCGGACAACGUGCUGCUUGGAAUGGAUGGCUGCGUCAAAGUGACGGACUUUGGGUUCUGCGCAAACAUCGAGGGCGAUGAGAAGCGACAGACUAUGGUCGGUACACCGUACUGGAUGGCGCCCGAGGUGGUCACACGUAAAAAGUACGGCAAGAAGGUUGACAUCUGGUCCAUCGGCAUCAUGGCCAUCGAAAUGAUCGAAGGCCAGCCUCCCUACUUGUACGAGACUCCACUCCGCGCCCUCUACCUGAUCGCCGCCAAUGGUCGGCCGGACAUCAAGAGCUGGGACAAGCUUAGUCCCAACUUGCAAGACUUCCUCGACCGCUGCCUCCAAGUGGAGGUGGACAGAAGGGCCACCGCCGACGAGCUCCUAAGCCAUCCGUUCCUCAACGACUGCAGCGAGGUCAAGGCUCUGGUGCCCAACAUCAAGGCCGCCAAGAAGGUGCUGCGGCGUAACGUAUAGUUGCUGUGUAAUCACCGGGCGGCCAGGCUGCUCUACGCGUGAUCGGAAGCAGGAUCGGGAUCUGCCCCGUGUGUAUAAUGAGUUUUCAAUGUAAAUUUGUUUUGUGUGGACGAAACCGGAACUGGAACUGGAACAGAAUGCUGAUCAUAGUCUUUGUAGUGUGUACAACCGUAGAAAUAGCGAGAGCAGGACUAGGACCCGGCAACUCCCCUUCGAAAACAGCACGAGACAGCAAGGGCAGAGAAAUGACUAUUUGCCGGAAAAUUCGGAGGAAAACGCCGAAAACCGUGGAUCCAGAUCGCAGCGCUCAAGCAGUUUAUCGAUGGCUGGGGGAGGGGAGGGUAUCGCUUAGAUUAGAUUGUCCUAUGGCAAAUUAGCUUACUUCGUACAUGGCGCAUAUAUAUGUGACCAAGCACACAAACACGCACAUAUGAUAUAGAUACUGUAUUAUUUACUGUAGGGACAUAAGUUUGAUUACUCUUUAUAUACCCGUAUAUAUACAUAAUUGUGAUUUAAGCGAUUUUAUCAAAUCUGCAUAAUGCGAUUCUUUAUAAAAUUCGUCGUAGUCAGUAAGUGCAAACGAACCCUAAACAGAGAACAUGCAAUACUUAUUGUAAAUUACCAAAAACAAAAAAAAUCAACACAAAAAGAAAAACGAAGGCGAUAAUUAUAGCAAGUCGAAAUGAGUGUAACAAGUGCCAUUAGGACUAGAGCUAGCAGCAGCAAGCAACACAUCAGCAUCAGCAAAAUUAUCUCCACAAUUUAUGCAUUUCCCAUAGAGUACAGAUAUCAAUGCAACAGAUAACUAAUUAGAAAGCUAGCCGGAGCAUGUAUAUUAGCUGAUAUUCACAGUGUUAACGGGAUUGAGGGAAAAUUGUUUGAUAUUCCAUUUUAAUAAGUACAAACUUAAGACUAACCAAAGCGCCACAAAAGAACAGAUUAAAAUAGACUUCCUUGUUCCUUCCCCCAGAGAUUUUGCCAUACGCACAAAGAAAAUUCUAGUACUAAACAGAACCCUAUCACAAUAGAGCUGUUAUAUAACUCGGUAAUGUGUGUGUCAAAGCUAAAGUAAAAUACCGAUACAAAGAAUAUCCCUAGAGUAUAUGCAUACACAAGUGGUAAACGUACACUAAACCAAGUCCCAACGGGAAUGAAAAAAAAAAAAAAUUGCUUAAGAGAAUAUCUUAAAACGGCACUAAACAACAUCUUACCCUAAAUAGACAUACUUUCCUUUUUUUUUAGUUGAAUAUUUGAUGCUAUUUCCCACCACAAGAUUUAUUCAAAAAGUAUAAAUAUAGCUAGUCGCCACUUUCUAAAUAUUUUACUGAAACACAACGAAGAAGGAACCAAAAGGGUGCAUUCGAGGAUUUUUAGCCAGCCGUCGUUAGAUUUUUUUGACUGUUAUAUAUACACUUACCGAUAGCGAUUAUCUUUUACUUGCAAUUCUGAAGUUAGUAGGCAAUGGAUUGCUGCUGCUGCAGAUCGGUUCAUAGUUAAAUUUUAUAUACGAAACGAAAUCCCAAUUUUUGGCCUAUAAAUAUGCAUUAAUAAUUUUUAAAGAGCUUAACCAUUAAUUGAAAAUUUACUUGAUUUUCUUAGUUUAGUUUAAAUGAGUAUUAGGCAAGGCAUCGAAUGGAGAGUAUUUUAGGGGCAUUAUAAAUAGGUUUUGAUAGCCUUUUUUGAAACCGAGACAUACCCGACAUUACAUAUUCGUAAACGCAUUUAAGACGAACGCAAAUAUUGCAAUUAAUAACGUAAAUGUAAAUGAAACUUAAGUCUUCAAACCAAACAAAAAACAACAAAAAGUAGCAUAAUUUUUUAUACGCAACUUUUAUUGCAAUUGUAAAGGGACGAAUAGGAGAAAGAAGAAGCGGACAUCAAUUUUGAUCAAUUCGCAAUUAUAUUAAUAUACACAAAAAGAAUUGGCUCUAUUUCAAUUAAACUUAAAUGUAGUAAAAAUACAAAAUGCAUAUUAAUGUGCAAGGUCAACCAGACUUGCCAAAAUAAAAUAAACAGUAUGAUAAAUAAUACGGCGAUAUAGCUUUUAGAAGAGCAAAAAAUAAUAACGAUACAUUAGCGCAUUAACUAUCGCUUAAAUUCAAAACACCCAAUAUAUUUUAUGUUUUAUGUGCGCACGUUUAGUUUUGCUUGAAACCUAAGUCGUAUUCGUAUAUUCUACUAUUAUUUAGAUUUAUUUUGCAAUUUACCAUUUAAGUCAACCUUAUACACAGACCCAAAACAAUUUAGUUCUCGUAGCCCCAUCCACUUCGAUCAUUGAAGAUGACCCCUCACAAUUGUAUGUAUUUAGUUUACCUUGCACUGUAAUUUUUAUUUUGUGUUGUUAAAUAUAUCGUUAUUUACUUAUUCGACCAAA